AUGAAUGACAACGACCUUAUAUUUGCAUAUAGUCCUAAUCUUGUUUCAGCAAAUGUAUUGUUUUAUAAUUCUACAGAUAUUGCCUUUUCCCCAUAUGGAGAUUAUUGGAGACAACUGCGAAAGAUUUGUACAUUGGAGCUUCUAAGUUCAAGGCAGAUCCAAACGUUCCGAUCAAUUAGGGAAGAGGAGGCCUCAAAUAUGAUUAGAUCAAUCUCUUCACAAGAGGGUUUGGCUGUCAAUCUCAGCACCAUGAUCUCAUCGCUAGCAUUUAGCAUCGUUGCUCAGGCUGCUUAUGGUAAAAGAAGCAAAUAUCACAAUGAGUUCAUGUCAGCAAUAAAGGAUGUGACAAAGCUUAUGGGAGGUUUCAGCAUAGUAGACGUGUAUCCCUCUAUCAAAAUACUUGAAAAGAUCACUGGAAUGAGGCAUAAGCUACAGAGGACUCACAAGAUAGCUGAUAAAGCACUUGAAAACAUUCUCAAUGAGCACAGAGUCAAGAGAGCGGAAUCAAAACCCGGUAAUGGAGAAGCAAAGGAGGAUCUGGUUGAUGUUCUUCUAAGGAUUCAACAAUCUGGGGAAUUUAGUGCUCCACUUACUGAUAAUAACAUCAAAGCAGUCAUCUUUCUUGAGGUUUCUGAUAAUUCUGCUCAGGACGUGUUCAGUGGAGGGAGCGAGUCAUCAGCAACAACUUUGAUGUGGUCAGUUGCUGAAAUGAUUAACAAUCCAGAAGUACUUAAAAGAGUGCAAGAUGAGGUUCGAGAAAUCUAUGCAGACAGAGGAAACGUUGAUGAAUCUCGAAUUCAUAAAUUGAAAUACUUGCAAGCAGUCAUCAAAGAAGUUUUUCAAUUGCACCCUGCAGCUCCACUAUUAGUUCCAAGGGAAUGUAGCGAAAAAUGUGAAAUAUAUGGAUAUGAAAUACCUGUGAAAACAAGAGUCAUUAUUAAUGCCUGGGCAAUUAUGCGAGAUCCCAAGCGCUGGAUUGAACCUGAGAAAUUCUACCCAGAGCGAUUUCUUGACUCUGAAAUUGAUUUCAGGGGACAGAAUUUUAGUUACAUCCCAUUGGUGCAGGAAGAAGGAUCUGUCCUGGCAUCUCAUUUGCUCUGA